AUGGACGAUAUUCAAGAUCAAGAACCCGACAAUAACGGCUCUGUCGAUCCCUCAAGCGCACCGUCAGGUCCCCGCAGACAUCCGAAGAAACGAACCAAAACUGGUUGUCUCACAUGUCGCAAGCGCCGCAUCAAGUGCGGCGAGGAGAAGCCGAUAUGUACCAAUUGUGUCAAAUCCAAGCGUAUAUGCGAGGGUUAUGCACAGCGCGUGGUGUUCAAGAACCCCAUAGGGAUUUUCGGAGCUUUCAAUCACCCCCAAAACUAUGAUCCACAGUUACAGCAUCACUAUACAACGCCACAAUUGUAUAAUGAUUAUGGCUCUCAACUCCCUCCCCAGCAAGCUGCUGCUGCAGCACAGCAUCCAAUGCUUGCACCCAGACCUGUUGACCCGGCUACAAUUGCGUAUCAUAGUGCUCCCUCUCAACUGGCUUCUGUGUCUCAGGCACAGCAGGUCAAUGGACAUCAAUUUUCUCGUCAUAUUGCGCAGCCCGUCGCCCCGCCUUCUGCUCCCCCGCAACCGCCGGCUGAUACAUGGCGCGGCCAGUCCAUGGGCCUGCCAGGGAACAUAUCCAGACAGCCAACAACGAGCGAUUACUCCCAACCACGGCAUCCAAUUCAUUCAAACCAGUUUAACGACUUGCAAGGACAUCAAGUCACCAUGCAAAAUCAACCGAGCUUCAGUAGUCCAAUUGGCCAAACCGCUGAAGAGUACGCCUCCAAUCUCUCCCCUCUACCGGCUAUAAAUGCCGUGUCCGGAGGCACAAGUCGCAAUUUCGGUCCCAUACCCCAAGUGACCCAACCCUUACCCACGAUAUAUCAUUACCAGACGCCGCCUGGGCAAUUGCCACCACCAUCACGACCUCAUGAUCAGUUUAUACCCCACCAGCCAUCUUCUCAAGUGAUAUUCAUGGAGGACGAAAGCGAAGACUACUAUGAUGUGGACUCGGAUGACGAGAUGGGAGAUCAAUCCCAGGCCGAAGGCUUCAAUCAACUGAGCCUUAUCAUGGCUUCCGCGAACUAUGAUGAACGUAAACUUCGAUCUUUUACGACGCACUUGAAUGAGCCGAAUGUCCUUGCAUCCUAUCGCCCCUCCCUAGGAUCAUCCCCUCUGAACAACCCCAAAACUGCCCGCAUCUUCGCCCAUUUCAUUCACUCAACCGGUCCUUCUUUGUCAAUUUUUGAGCGGCAUCCCACUGAUUCCUCGAUUGUUCUGGGUGCUACGGUCCCCUCCGCCCAACAAGGGCUGUGGAUCUAUACGCUCGCCCUGAAAGCAUUGGAAAACCCUGCUCUUCUCCAGGCAAUCCUUGCCGUCAGCAGUCUCCAUAUCGCAUACUUACAGCAAGUUCCCUCCACAGUAUCUUUGAAACAUUACCAUUAUGCAUUGAAGCGCGUCGGUUCCGCAGUCGGACUUCCACUCCGACGGAAACAGGUCGGCACACUUGCUGCCACUCUUUUGCUGGGAUAUUACGAGGUAGUAUCUGCCGACCACUCCAAGUGGAAUAACCAUGUGGCUGGGUCGGCCCACCUAAUCCGAGAGAUUGAUUUUGCUGGCACGGUUAGAGACCUCCGGGCCCAUCGGCGAAGAGUUAAUGGCCGGCGGCGACAGGCUCAGAGGUCAGGCUCAUGGUGGGGAAUGCCCGGUGACGUCUCUGAGGAUGACCCAUUCUCCGAGAAGGAGAGUAAUGUGGAUGAAGGUCUCAUCGGCACUCUGAUGGGUCGUGUAGUCAACUAUGACUAUUUUGGAGGCAUUGAAGAGGGAAAGAAGCAAUCUUCCAAGAAGCACUUCACUCGAAAGGAUAUCGAGAACUUCCGAAUCCAAUGUGAUCUCUACUGGUGGUACUCGAAGCAGGAUGCCUUCCAGAGCUUUAUCGGCGGAAACAAAUUACUGACACCCUACUCUCAAUGGGGUCAGUGCGCGCCUCGAGCUGGCAUCGGUCGAUUGGAUGCCAUUUAUGGCUCUGCGGACCAUUUGUGGCUUUUGCUGGCCCGAGUUACGGACUUCGGUUUCCGAGACCGGAAACGCAAGUUGAAGGCCAUGAAGACAAGCGGCAGGGGCUGGAGCCCAGGCCCUGAUAUGUUUAAAUUUAUGGGUCGGUUUGCUGGUGGUCCUCCUGGUCAGAAACCUGGACCACCAGGCGGUCAGAGUGCUGGUAAACCUCCAGGGGGUGCCCCUGGUGCUCAUGCAACUGGUCCGCCCAAUAAACCCCCCGGGGGUCUCCCCUUGGACUCACAACCCCCAGGUGGGCCGACAUCAGCUGACAGUCCUCCGAUGUACGGAAUGGUCCCUCCACAACCUCCACCAAGACUUCCUACUGGGUUCCAAGAUCGCCCUCGUGGGUCAUCGCCGGAUGAGGAUGACCAGAUUGAGGACGUGAGCUUCAGAGCAGCAGAGGAGGAAUGGGAGGAUAUCCUGGCCGCAGCAAAGACAUUUGAAUAUGCGCUCGGGCGCGACUUCCAGCCUUUGCCAGUAGACGUGGCUCCUCAGAUCUCGACUCCAUUCGGUCCCGCGCUUCAGUAUCGCACUCAUACCAUCGCUGUGAUCUGGGGCUACUACUACGCUGUGCGUAUACUGCUCAAUCGGAUCCACCCCUCCAUGCCUCCGGCCAUCAUGAUGGCAGCUGGAGUGGUCGCUCCAACAACAGCAGAAUAUGCACAAAACGUCGGGAAGAUCAUAUCAGGCGUUUACUAUCCCCAGCGCUACAAUCUCGAAGCCGGGAGUCUGAGUCCUAAUCUUGGUUCCGCGCUGACAGAGAUGACAGUACCAGUGUUUUUUGCGGCAGUGCAGUACAUUGAUUCUGGGCAGCGGGGCUGGACCAUUUCCAAAUUGCGCGAUAUUUCUCGUCUGACAGGGUUUAAGAGUGCAGAAGCAAUUGCAGGUGGGUGUGAGAAGGCAUGGAUUGGCGCUGCACAACAAGGUCGUGGGCCACCCUAUCAACGAUCGUUUGAGACGGAGCGAGAACGGGAAUUGGAAAAAGCACGCCAGUGUGAGGCUGUGCUGGAGGAGGUGGACGAUCGCCGAUUUGUGACUGUCAAGCCCGAUCGGGCGCAUUGGGCUAUGGGGAUUUUGGAGGACAUGGCCAAUUUGGAGGUUUAG